AUUUUCUCUCUCUUUCUUUUUUCAGGAUUGCUGGCAGCCCAAGUGGAAAUUUCAACAAGGGAGUUAUUAGUACUUCCUGGCCAAAAUGCCACAUUUUUAUGUCGUGUGGGGGUACCUUUGCAGUACUGCAGGAUAGAACUUCCUGGUUCCAGAACCUUCAAUCUCAACAAGCAAGCUUUGUCGUCCAACAGUGAGGUGACUUACUAUGGAGAAGGGCUAGAUGCAGGCCAAUGUGGGUUCACGAUCCAAAGGGUCGAGGAAAGGGACAACGGACCCAUCAAAUGUACCCUCGGUAUACCCAGCGAACCCACGGAAUCUGUGGGAACCAUGCAGCUCAUUGUUGCGAAGCCGCCCAAACUUCCUGAGCUCGACUUGAGCAGAGGAACGGAUUCCUUGAGGGUAUACAAAGUCAAUGAUCAACUAGAAGCAUCCUGUAUAGUAAGAGAUGGACGGCCAGUAGCAAACAUCACCUGGUUCCUAGAUGAUGAACAAAUCAGUGAUGCAGGUUUGAAAAGGCCUACUGUGAUCGAUUUGGCGAAAGAGAACUUGCAAUCCAAAAUACAAAACUUGACAAGGGUUCUGCAACCUUCCGAUAAUGGCAAAUACUUGAAAUGCGUAGCAAUCCAUCCUGCGUAUCCGAACCAUUAUGCAGAAACCAAAAGGCAGUUAGAUGUCAAAUUUGCACCACUCGCUAUCUACGAACCGAUAGACAAAUUCGGCUACCAACUUGGCAGAGUAGGCCUCAUCAAUGUCACCAUCGAAGCCAACCCCAAACCGCAGAUAGAAUGGACAAUUGGUGGUCAGACUAUCCGAGAGGGUGCCACAGACAAUACCGGGAGAAUCGAAGCUGAAACCGUUAGAGAGAUGGGUAGAGGGAGGUACGAAGCCAAUUUGAGGUUAGCUGCCGUCACCAAACAAGAUACCGAGACCGAUUACACGUUAGUGGCAUACAACGAUAUGGGCACUCAAAACUACAGGAUCAAAAUUUCGACUAGCCCCGAACCAGAAGGUUUUGAACUGAGUAUUGGAGCAAUCAUAGGAGUAGUAGCUGUAAUACUGUUUGUGAUUAUGGUAGCGUCAAUUUUGAUUUUCGCCAAAGUGACUGGCAGGUGGUGUUUCAGCGGAGAGAGUGACAGGGAGCUAAGACACAUUGGAGAAUCUAGUGACACCGAAAGCGCUGACGUUCGACCCAAAGAGCCAAAAAAACCGCACAAACUCACAGCCAUCUUCAAAAAGAACAAGGACAAACCGGAACCGGAACCCGAAGUAGGAGAAACAGAACCAGCGCCUGCGCAAAUCGAUCUCAAGGACGACAAAGGACUGGUCUACGCUGAACUAGACCUCGCGAGGGCAGAUCUGAAGCCGGUGGUGAAAAACGACGACGAGAAAACAGAGUACGCGGAAAUCGUUUACACUCAAAAU